AUUGAACUAGUAACCUUUUAUUGCGCAUGAACGCUUUUGGUUUUAAAAAAUGAUGGUUCUUCACACUUUUCUGGAAGUUUUUACUAAAAAAAGGGGGCUGUUCCCUUAGCCGAUGGAUUAUGAACGGAAAAUUAAUCAUUGUUCUCAUAAACCGAAAACUCCAAUAGAUCAAAAGCCCUAAAGAUGUCCAAAAUUUGAACUGAAUCGUUUGUUAUCCUUUCCUUUCUGUUAUUACAUAACUUUGUUAUAAAUGACUUAAAAAUUUUUCGGGCAAUCGGUUCUUCUGCUGUGUGGGCUCCUUCUGGUUAUAAAACGGCACUAAAGAUUGACAUUCACUGACCAUAAAUACCACUUCCAAUCGUAGCUCCAUUUUAUCACUUAAAUUUCCGAUUUCGUCUAAUGCCUUUUUCACUUGGAAAUUCCACGGUGUAACAGAGUGUACGAAGUCAAACUGAGCAAAUCUGAAACAACAGGAAUUACGCUCGCGUUGACAGACAUUUUGCGUUUCAAUAAGCAUACUUUGACUGGGCUCAAAAAUUUUUUAAAUUUUUGGAUAGUUUGACUUAAUCAAAAAUUAUCGUAACCAUCAACUGGAAAAAUUUCAACAAAUUUCGGGACUGCAACUCUUCAGAUCAGAUCUCAACAUCGUCAGAAACUUUGAUCGAAACCUCAGCUCUCGAAAUCCGUUUUUAUCUUGUCGAUUUUAUAAUCAAUCAUUUAUACUCAUUCGUUAGCAAAACAAAACUCAAAAGAAUUUCGAGAGUAUAAUAUCACAGAUUAUAUCUUUGUUUAUCUCCAAAAAUACGAUAUAUUUACCCUUUCGUUUUCUGCACCAGAUUGACUUACAAAAAGUAUUUUAAUUUCCUCUACAAUAGCACAACAUAUAAUCUCAAACAAUCAACAACUAUUUCGAAGGUCUACAAUCUACAUUUUAAUUAUCAACCGGCAGGUCCACAAUUUAGGUUGUUUGAUAUUGAAUUCAAAAACUACAGAUUUGUAUUUGUACACAUUUUUCUUCACAAAGUCGAUAUUCGAGAUAAAUUAUGGCGAGAAUAAAUUGCCUACUUUUGUUCACACUCUUCGCCAUUUCAUUCGCACUUAUCGCCGCCCAAGUCACUUCAACUGAAGAGGAUGACCUUGAAAAUGGAGUCGACGUUCAGGAAAAACUGCUGAACAAACUGCGCAAAAAAGUCCCUAGAAGCUUGCCCCCUUUGGACCUUAAAUACAGACAAGUCGCCGUUAAAAUUGACAUCUACCAAAUUGUAGACGUGAAUGAAAAAGAUGGUUUGAUGACGGUGAAAUUAUUCGUGUAUUAUUGGUACAAUUCUCCGUCUGCAAAAUGGGAUCCCGCUGAGUAUAAUGGGACCCGGAUGUUGGCGGUGCCCAAAGACACUUUCUGGACCCCAGAUUUGACCAUCCAGAGCGCAAUGCGGAUCAACUACGACGCCUACGACAAACAAACUGUCUGGUCAUCUGGCUUUAUAAUCACAAGGUCAACUGUAGUUUCAGCCAUAAUGUCAUGUGAUUUCACGGUCACCUAUUUCCCAUAUGACAAACAGGAAUGCGCAUUCGAGAUAUCCCCCAUGAUCACCCAUGACGGCAUAUACACCGUCACCGUCCCCCAGGCAGGUGUGUUGCCUCUGGCAUACUACCAGGACAACGACCAGUGGGAGCUCCUUACCCCAGUGCCCAUUGAAACUGUAACCGGUCCAUACCUCCACAGCAGCAAAUUCAACUACACCUUCAUCCGUGUGACUGUGGACCUGGCGAGGAGACCCCUCUACUACCUUGUCAUCAUUGUGUUCCCCAUCGUCACACUCUACCUCUUCUCAGGUCUGACCUUCUUCGUGCCUGCUGGAUCUGGAGAGAAGACUGGCUUCGCAGUGACCCUCCUUCUGGGUGAAGUGGUGGCAUUUGGCACCCUCAGUGAGAUAUUCCCAGACAGCUCCACUGGAUUCCCCCUCAUGGUCUACUUCGUCAGCAGUGUCACACUGCACAUGAGUUUCCUCUGUCUAGUCGCCAUUAUGGUCGUGUCCAUUCACAACUGGACUGACAAAUACAUGAGUCCAACUCUCCUCAAGAUAAUCCAGUCGCCCCACCUCAAGUACCUCUUCCUCAACCCAUACGAAUCCCCCAACGGAGCCUCAGCUGAGGGAAACAACUCCCCCCCAGCUAGCGGAAAGGGGCAAAAGUUGUCCAAGGUGUCUGAAUCCAGCGUGGACAACAACGGAAACGUCGACAACGAGGGACUUUCUCCCAGGUCGGGUGGGAGUAACGGGGAAGAUGGGGGAGAAGAUACUGGCGUGAAGUGGCAGGUUUUGGCAGCCGUUAUCGACCGGUUUUUCCUGAUUAGUCACGUGAUUGUGAUUCUGAUGAACAUCGUCUACUUCAGAACCAUCAUCUUGUAAAUGAGCUGUUAUGAUUGGUUUCGAUUUGAGAAUGAAAACUAACUCCUAGCAUUGCGCUGGAUUUGUAAAAAAAAACAUUGUCUAAAUUGGUAUGAAAAACUAAAAACAGAACCUCUUUUCAUAACAAAAAAAAGUCAAUUGAGCUGCUGAAAUACUGAUGUCGUCCCGUGGUGAAUGAAUUUGAGAUUGAAAAAAAAAAGGUUCAAUGUUGUUCAAUAAUGCCUUUUUGUUACUACUUUUGUCGUAAUUUUAUAUAAAGCUACAAAUGUUAUUACCGAUCUUUAGAUUCCGACCUAUCCGUUAUAGACAAUUCUUUAUAAAAA